AUGGAAGAGGCCAGGCUCAGAGAUCCCGAGUACCGCGCCUGUAACCUGGAGUCCUGUCCGGAGGUGCGCAGGAACACGCCAUGGACGCCCUGGAUCCCGGUGAACGUGUCCCAGGACGGAGCACGGCUGGAGCAGAGGAGCCGCUACACCUGCCGCGCCCUGCUCCCCCAGCCACAGCUGCUGCAGGCGGGAAAGAGGAAGACCGAGACACGCUACUGUCCCAACGAUGGAUCUGGGGCCUGUCAGACCGACGCUCUGGUGGAGGACCUGGUGAAGUCCAGUGGCCGGUCCCCUCUGGUGCCUCAGGGAGCUCGCUGGGGAUUGUGGGAAACGUGGUCAUCGUGCUCUCGCUCCUGCUCCAGAGGCUUCAGGACUCGCAAGCGCCUCUGCUCCACCCCCCAGGGCCGAACCACCCCCUCAGCCUGUGUGGGGUCCCCUGUGGAGUACCAGGACUGUGGACUGCAGCCCUGUCCAGUGAACGGUGGGUGGUCUUGCUGGUCGGCCUGGUCCCCCUGCUCCUCGUCCUGUGGAGGAGGACACUUCCAGAGAACCAGGGCCUGUUCAGACCCGGCUCCUGCCCAGGGUGGAGACAUCUGCAUUGGCCUUCACACCGAGGAGGCCCUCUGCAACACUCACGGCUGCGAAGGCUGGCACGAGUGGACCGACUGGGGAGACUGCGACGAAAACGGUCUCCAGUUCAGGACCAGGAGCUGCGGAGACUCUGGACUGUGUUUGAACAAUGUGUCUGAGUCCAGGACCUGCAAACCUCACGAAGUCCCAGACUGGAUCAAGUACGAUCUCGGCUCAACGCACAUCUCUUUGACUAUUCCGGUCGAUCUCGAACCAGCCCGAGAAGGAAUCCACAAGCACCAGAUUCUGCUGGCCGUGCCAUUCAAAGAUGUCAGCAGCUACAGUCGACCAAGGGAGCUCAGGAAUGACCUGAGGCGGCUCUGGAGGCAUGCCAGCACCCGCCCCGUGCGCAUCUCUCCCCGUGCCCCUCCCCCUCCUCCCCUCCUCCCCCUGCCUCCUCCUGCGUCUGAGAGAGAGCCAGCGUUCCGGGCUGCGCCUCUGGCACUUUCUUUUUUUAAAGACAAGCUCAAAGCCACUGCGUUCACUCCACACUCCACGCUCACACGAACACAGCCACGCUGCGAGCACGUCCCUCACGGAGCACUGAGCAAAGACCCGAGCCUCAACAGGAGCUGGAGGAUCUGUGUGACACCUGUGGAUGCUGCUGAACCUGCGGCUGAUGUGCAGAGGACUCCAGAGGGACUGACCAGAGCUUUACGCAUCCCACAGGAUUGUCCCUACAGAGCUACAGAGAUAUAG